AUGUCUACUCAGACGAAAGUGUUUGGGAAGCUAUGUACGUUUGGCGUACCAGUUAUCCUCAUCUACUUUGGUGUCUCCACUAUGCUAAGCUGGCCACUGACCUCCAAGAUGCCAUCUCACAGGGUAUCGUUUGGAGAAAAGAAUGGAAAAUUCUGCGAAAAGAAGUUGAAUUACAUGUUCGUGAAAGUGCACAAAGCAGGGAGCACUACAACAACGUGCAUCCUCCAACGCUUUGGAUACGAGAACAACCUGACAUUUGUUCUGCCCAUGAAAGGACAUUCUAACAUCGGUUGGCCUAAAUUGUUUAAACAAAAAGACUUCAUACCGUCGGAGGACGGUACAUUUAAUGCCCUUGUUGAUCAUGUAAUCUACAAUAAAGAGCUGCUGCAAAGCAUUCUGCCAACAGAUACAGUAUACAUCGCCACUUUAAGACAUCCAUUUUCUCACCUUACAUCUGUAUUUAAUUGGUAUCACCUUUCGAAACGAUUUCAUGGAUUAGAUCAGGAACAUCCAAUCAAGACUUUUCUUGAAACUCCAAAGAAAUUCGAGAUCCCUUUUAAUUCUAAACAUCCCAGAAGGCCAUUCUCUUACACUAAAAAUUUCAUGUCGUUUGACCUAGGUUUUUCCCUAGGACUGUCGGAUAGUCAGUCCGCCAUUGAUGAUUUUCUUUCAAGACUGUCCAAAGAUAUUAAUUUGGUUAUCAUUUUAGAAUAUUACAAUGAAUCUCUUGUACUGUUGAGACGUAUGAUGUGUUGGACGUUAAAAGAUAUUCUAUACGACCUUAAGCCAAAGAACUUCCGCACGUACAAUAAAUCGAUAGAAAACGUCAAACGUUUAAUGGGAAAACAUCGUCAUUGGAGUAAUGUAGAUUAUCAGCUGUAUGAUUACUUUAACGCUACGCUUUGGCAUAAAAUUAAACAAGAAGGUGAUGACUUCCCCAAAGAGGUGCGCCAUUUUGAAAAGGGAAGAAAAAUCUUACUUGACCGCGGUGCCAACGUGGCGUCCACAGUACAGCUCUUCAGAGAGACCUACCCUGGUGGUCAUGACUUCAUCAUACACUCCUUUGAAAUAGACGAGAGACUGGCGCCGUUUUUCGCACCGUACCCGAAUCACGUGCUACAUUGUCCCACUGGGGUGUCGAACAAGGACGGUGAGUAG